CCAUUAUUGAUCGGUUUUUGUUUACAUUCAAGCGAAAAUUAAUCAAUAAUUUUCUAACACUCGUUCUUUUACUUCAUUUCUAAGUUAUGUCUUUAUUUCAAACGAAAGAAUUAUGGUCAAAUCAAUGUUCGGAUUCCAAUGUGGAAGAGUUCGAUCAAAACGCGUUAAAAAUUUCACAAUUAAACGGGUCCCGCGAUAACAUUAUAGUCGGAAGUCAUAGUGGUGUAUUAAGAAUUUAUCAACCAAGCAUUUUCAUUCCCGGUGAUAUAAAUAAUUUUAAAGCGAAUGAUUUAUUGGUGGAAAAAGUUUUAGAUGUUCCUAUUCUACAAUUGGAUACUGGAAAAUAUGUUUCUGGAUCACAACAAAUUCAAAUAGCCCUUCUUCAUCCAAGAUCAUUAACUGUGUAUUCACUAACGAUUAAGGAUGCAAUAACAGAGCAUGGGGUACAAUUCAUUUUAGAAUUAUUAUACGAACACAAAUUACGAAGAACAAGUUUUAAUUUUACAUCCGGUUCGUUUGGAAACGUUCAAAAUCGAGAUUUUAUUUGUGUCCAAUCAUUAGAUGGUUUAUUAUCAUUUUUCGAACAAGAAACUUUCAAUUUUUGCUGUUUCUUAUCUGAUUUUUUACUCCCCGGGCCUUUAGUCUACGUUAGAUCAUCCGAUUCAUUUAUAACUUGUGGAUCGUCAUGGAAGUUGGAAUCAUAUAGUUAUAAAAAUUUAUCUAAUUGUGGGAGUGAUAAACAUGAUGAUGAUCGUGGACGAAAAGUACUUAGUAAUUGGAGUUAUAAUGUUGGAGAAGGAGUUUUAGAUAUUCAAACAAUUUACGACGAUGUUACAAGAACAAAUUUUAUUGCAGUUUUGGGUGAAAAACAUCUUUAUUGUUUUAAUGAUGGAGGAAAAUUGAGAUUUAUGAAAAAGUUUGAAUUUAUAUGUAUUUCUUUUCAUUUUUACUUUUUAAAUGAUGGAACCCCGAUGUUUCUUGUUAUCUCAGAUAAUAACACCAUGUUUAUUUAUCAACAAACAACCGUAAAAUGGUCUGCAAAAUUACAAUUUCUUCCUAUAGCUUCUUCUCGAUUAACUUAUUUACAUAUAAUGGGUUGUUUGGUUUUUCUUUCCGAAUCUGGAUUCUUACAAAUCAAUUAUUUAGGAACUGAUCCAAACAUUUUUUCAGCACCACCCUUAAAAAAUCAAGAACUUGAUUUUGAUGCUGCUGAAAAAGAGCUGGAAUCUUUACAGAAAAUAAUUCGAGGGAAUACACCAAUAGUAAACACACACAAUGAAAAUGAAUUGACAACAACAAUUUUUGUAUCACCACAUUUUAAAGAGUCGGAAAUAUCUUCAAACAGAAAAUAUUGUGAGAUACAAGUAGAAAUAAUUCCAAAAUCAAUUUUUGAAGAAGUGCACGUUUCUAUGUUUGUCCAACCACCUUUAAUCAUCAGCCCAAGAGCUCAUUAUUAUACGAAUUUCUCAAAUACCACCUCUGCGAUUAGUUACGUCCAUUUAGAGUCGACCAUUUCAAUUCCUAACCUAACUGUUGAAGUUUCUAUUUCGUGUAUUACAAGUUUGGGAGGAGUGAAACUAUAUCAAAAAAGAGCAGAAAUUCCGUUACAUUUAGUUAUGGAAAGUAGUGGGCCGCUUAAAGAAAGCGAAUGUAAAGUAACUUUAAAUAUUAAUGAAAAUCCGGUGUUGCUUUCAGAAUUAUUUCCUGAGUAUAUUGGUGAAAAUUCUUUUUCAAUGUCAAGUAAUGCUAUUGGAUUUAAAAUUGUGAAUAAUGAUGGUCCCGUUAUAACUUUGUUAACUGCUAAAUCUUCGCAACGAUAUCGUAUACAAAGUGAGGAUUUUUCAAGUUUAAAUGUUAUAGUUCAGGAAUUGAUAAGAAGAUUGGAAAAAUAUUAUGCUGCUAAAGAUAACUUUAAGAUAACUUUUACUUCUUCCUUACCUGUUAUGGAUGUUAUUAAGUAUAUUCAGGAACAUUUUCAGAUUGUUCAAGAUAUAAAGAAGUUACAGAGUGAAUUGCAAAUUUUAUCAAGUCAAUUUCGACUCAUUCAAAAACGAUUAGUAGUAAAAUAUAACCAGAAAAAUCCUACUUCGUUAGCUAAUUUAGACAUUGUACUGCACGAUACUUUUGAAGACAUCAUGAGAGUUGGCGAGAAUUUAACCGAACGAAAAGAUUUACUAUUGAAGGCUCAAAUAAAAUUAUCUAGUGCAUUACAACUAAUAAGUACUUUAAUAAAAUUAUUGGAUAACAACAACAACGCAAAUGUUAUUGAUGCUGCUUUAUGCACUUACGUUUUUGACAUAGAAAAUCAGAAUUGGGAAGAUGUUGUCGAUACUACUUUAUGUUACUUGAUAAGGACAGUUUUGUCUAAAUCUGAAAAAGAUAAACAUAGAGCACCACAUACAUCAUUCGAAGAAGUUAAAGAUAUUAAUAAAUUAGAAAAACAUUUUAGCCAAGUUUUGGAUCGAGUUAGUAAAAGAAGAUCAAAUACCGAAAAAGAAAUCACACAUGAUACAGAACCUUCUGAAGUUGUUACCGCAAAAAGUGAAGAUGUAGAAGAAUUUGGAACAGAAAUCGCUAAAUCUAGUUCAAGAAUAUUAACAGCAAGAAGAAACUUACUUAGCCGAACACAAAAACUUGUUGAAUAAAAAUAAUUUAGAAAAAAUACCUAAAUAUAUGUGAUAAUGGAUAGAAACAAAUUUUAUUUCAACAAUCCUAUCAUUUUUAUAUCACAAUUGUUAAUAAUUGAAAGAAAUCGUGUGGUUUGUAGAAAA